UAUGUUUCUCGGAGUGCUUGUGGCGAGCUCGGUGCUGGUGGCCGCGGACGGUGCCAACUUUGACGUGAUUCGGGGCCUGCUCGUCCACGAGGAGCACAUCGCGCCCACCCAGAGGACGCUGGCCAAGUUUGUGGACGAGCUGCUCGCGGCCAAGCUUCAUCGGGUCAAACAGCAAGGAAUAUAUCGCUACAACUCGCCAAAGCCGCAGUAUCAAUCACCCCCGUUGAGACCCACAUACCCUUCGACCCCAUCUUAUUCUCCGCCCCCAACUUCACCUCCUCCUGAACCAAUAAAACCAACUUAUUAUGUGCCACUUCCUCACACACCGCCUCCAACACAAACCUAUUACAACCCACCGCCCCCAAAACCAAGCUAUUACACACCCCCGCCUCCAUCAACCGAACCAACAACCUCUGCAAAACCAACUCACGACUCGCCUCCUCCGCCACCUGAAGAGACUGAAAGACCUUAUUAUUCACCACCUGAACCUGCAAAGCCUGCUUAUUAUUCGCCGCCCCCUCCACCCUCAGAACCUGAGAGGUCAAGCUACUAUUCACCUCCGCCGCCACCCCCAGAACCCGAAAGACCAAAUCAUUAUUCACCGCCCCAACCACCCCCGGAGCCUCCGGUGCGUCCGACCUAUCGACCUGAGCCUGCGAAACCUACGUAUUUCUCGCCGCCUCCAAAACGGCCAGAACCACCUGCCCCCAGGAGGCCACAAUUUUAUCCACCCCCGAGCAGCACCCCUUCAACUGAAAUGGAGCCUCCGCAUCUUCCGACGUUCGAGGAAGAAGAAGAAAUAAGGCGGCCAGAAAAACCUCAACUCGCGCUUACAACCACUUCGUAUGGGGCGCCUCCGACCCACAAGCCGGUCAUCACAUACAAAUCUAGACCGAGGAGCAACAGUCAAAGAGGUAGCAAGAGCGUCGACACGAAGAGCAAAGUAGAAGGCGCCUUUUCCAAAACGCCGAGCCGGGAAGAGUACAAGCGACUCAUCAAGUUCUUCCUCACGGCAUUUGACAGCAGAUACUAAGUUUUGUAUUUAAUUCGCACCGGCGUCUAACAAAAUUGUGGCAAAAACGUUUUCUCUUUGUCGCGCGAGAGAGGAAAAAAAUGUAAAAUUUCUCCGCCCGCUGCGUUCCCAUCAACGACACGCUUACACUAAUUACACUUUUUAUGGAGCACACACACUUAAUUUGAGGUGACAAAAGAAGAAAGAGAGUUUUGUUUUUCUUUCCGACAGAAAGUAUCAAUUAAAAGAAAUGUCACCGUGUGCGAGAGGUGCAGUAUGUGACUGGAUGUGCUGCAGUUGCGAUGCGUCUUGUCCUGGUUGCUCUCGGCCUUGUGCUUUUAAUUUCAAGUCCAGCUCGAGUGGCCAGUUUUACCUACGAAGUUCUGCCUGCCGUGCUCGUCCAUGAGGCGCACUCAAGGAACAACAAUGACCAGCCCGGAGGAUACCGAGUGAUGAUCAGGGAGCCCGCUCAACCAGCAAGAGGCAUGUGCAACAACUGCAAUAAUGGACCUGCACCGCAGAAAAUCCUCGUUCGCAACCCUGGUCCAAACUCGUUUCCCCAAAGACCCCAGCAGCCCUUGCAACUUCCGCAAAUCUUUCAACAACGACAACCUCCUUUUCAACCACAAAGACUGCUUUUCCGACUGCUUGAUUUUCCGCAAUCGCUGCUGCCUCAAAUUUUCCCCAGGGCGCCUCGACAGUCGUUGACACCAAGUCGCGGAUUUGCGCCGCCGUCUCGGCCACCACCUUCGCGACAACCUAUUAUGCUUCAAUCGCAACUCCGUCCGCCAGGAAAUGAAAACAUGAUGUUACAGUUUCGACUGAUGGACAGAACAAGAGGAGGAAACAACCAAAUCCAAAACUUCUUAGGAACGAUUUUCAAUUACUUGAAAUAAAUCUAGGAAGUUUGAUUUACGUCUAUAGGAAGUCAAUAUUGAAAUUUUUUAUUGAAGAGUCAUUUGUGUAUGCUUAAAAAAAAUGAAAUAAAAAUUCUGGUCACUGGUCUGA